CACUUGAUAAAAAUAAGCAUUGCGAUCGUCAUCAAGGGUUCAAAAAAAGAUAAAUCUCUGAUGCAGCGCACACCUAACGGCCCAGCGCGUGACAAAAACGCACGACGCUUGCAACCAAUGGGACAUCUCUCACCACGACCAUCUCUCUGACAGUGUGGUGUGUGGCCUGACAGUCAUAGAAUGCAUCCUGCCACGCUCUUCGUCGUCUGCUUGACCGCGCUGACCUGUGUGACAUCAACCCAAGGGCAGUGUGUUCCCGGGGACAACUGCAACCCACCCGAUUGCAGGUGCUGGAAUGACUUUUCAGUGCCCGGCGGGUUCGAUCCCCUGGAUGUCCCUCAGGUGGUGCUCAUCACCUUUCAGUACGCUAUCAGCACCGUCAACGAAGCCACCUACCUGAGGCUGUUUGAAGGUUUCACAAACCCUAACAACUGCCCAGCCGUUGGCACGUUCUACGUCCAGUCCACCAACACGGACUUCACUAUCGUCAAGGAACUGUCCGACCUCGGCUUCGAGAUUGGGAUCACCACAGCAGACGGCACCGUACCACAGAGUGAAGCGGACUGGAGGACUAGCCUGACUGAGGUUCGCGACGCCGUGGUAGCGAGCGGGGUACCGGCGGAGCAGAUAACCGGCUUCCGUGCCCCCAGCCUCCAGAGUGGCGGCGACCCGGAGUUCAGUGCCCUUGCCGUCAGCCAGCUCCAGUACGACGCCAGCUGCUCGACAACGACCUACGACCAGGAGGCUAACCUUCUGUGGCCCUACACCUACGACUUUCCGGCCGACGCACCACUGUGCAACGGCGGGUCCCCUCCCAUCACAGAGUACCCAGGUAUCUGGCAGUUCACGGUGCCCGACCUGCAGUUCAACGGGGUGAAGUGCGCCACACCUCCAGCCUGCACAGGUGUGUUGACUCAGCGGGAUGUCUUUAAUCUUUUUUAUGACAGCUUCGUCAACCAUUACCAAGGUCGCAGAACACCCUUUGUAAUCAUCAUUACACCCGACUGGCUUCUGGAACAGUACAGGAUGGACGGUACCCGACAGUUUCUCCAGUUCAUAAGGGCAGCUUUCGAGGACACGUGGAUCCUGACAACCUCGCAAUCUCUUGAGUGGAUAAAAAAUCCAGUCUCGAACGCUAACACCACAGAUUAUGCCCCUGGUCAUGUUCUGGACCAGGUUUGGCGUAACGGCUUAUUUACGUGUCGAUGAGAAUUAUUUCCCUUCUCUUCUGUCUUGCCCUAAGUUCAGAAGGACUGGUUGAGUGAGAAAGUUUAUUGAUGAGGUUGAAAGUAUUCUUCUACAUCAAGUUCCUGGACCUUGUACUUUGCUAUGUUUGGAUCCACACAACUUUUAGGUAGGGAGUUGGGGAAACUUUGAUACCAACUUUCUAAACGAAGAGCUGAUACAUCUAGGGAUUCAACAGAAAGAAAAUCUGUAAUACUUUCAAAAGAAAAGUUACCGUUUACGACUGUGAAUUUUGUGGAAUACAAUAUAUUUACUCCCUAUGUAUUAAGAAAUGUGACAAAAUAAAUAUAAAAUUCAGAAAACUA